AUUGACAUUUCAUGACAUCUAAAAUGGUAAUCGUGUAGAUUAGUAAACAGACCACAUCAUAAGGGGUUAACCUAAUAACUUUUUCCGAAAUUGUUUAAAAAAUGAAUUGAAAAUGUGGUUUUUAACAUUAGUUACUUAUAUAGCAAUAAUCAUACAAAUAAUAUUUGUUACAAUUGCAAUAGCUGCAGGUCUGUAUUAUUUGGCAGAAUUGGUUGAAGAAUAUACCAGUGUAGCGAAAAAAUUUAUAUGGUGGUUAAAUGCGUUUACAUUUAUACUCUACUUAUCCCUAUGGAUAUUUGAACGCUUCCCGACUUCCAUGAUUGUUUGUGGAUUGCUUGCUCAAGUUACUCAUUUUGUAAUUUUAAGAAAUUUUCCUUUUGUGGCAUUUCUUUCGAUAGAGUUUGUUGCUACAGUACUCUUCAUAUUAAUUAACCAUUAUUUAGCUUUUAGUUACUUCGCUACGGUAUAUCACACGUUUUCGGAGGUAAUUGCGUAUUUUACACUGUUCCUGUGGUUAGUGCCCUUCGCUUUAUUCGUGUCCUUAUCAGCAAAUGACAAUGUAUUGCCAACUAGUAUAGAUGGCACAGAUGCUGAUGUAGUGUCAAAUUAUUUUUCGAAGAAAAAUAAGAAGUUUGGACUGCUUGCAGCUUUCAAUUAUGCUAAAGACACUCUUCUUCCAGUGAGGACAAAAAAAGGAUUUUAAUUAUUUUUUCUGCCAUGUAAAGAUAUUAAUUUAUUAAUUUCAAUUUAGAUUUUUUAAGUUCCAAAAAAUACCAAAACCAGCUAUUUUUGUUUUUUGUUGCAAUAUAACAUUUGAAAACUAGGAGUUAUUGGAUCUAUAUUUUUUUUACUUAUAAAUGAAGUUUUGCUAAUAAUAACAACAAAAAUAAAUUAAAAUAUUGAAAAUACUAAUU